UCAGUGCGUCCGGAAGGGCAUUAGACUAGUAGGCCUAGUGAGAAGAACAUGACAUUUCAGCGUUAUUUCAUUGCAUAUUUUUUUUGUGUUUCAAUAUGAAGGUGCAACUUUUUUAUAUUUUGAUCAGUCUGCAGGCCUUAUUCGUUAUUGGCAAUCGCGAGUACAUCGUUUAUUUUUUAUUUAAAAAGGUUUAGAGAAAAAAAUAAAAUGAAGUCUUAUAAUGAACUAAAACAAGUUAAUCGAGGAAUUCAUGGAGUGCUAGGUCAUGAAGACAAGUUAUGGCACAGAUAUUAAAAAAAUAAACUCGUCCGGGUUAAGCUUGGUGUCUUUGAAUAUUUGAAUAAACCGUUUCCUGUUUGUUCUAAACUGCCAUAGACACACAUGAGUUUGCAAACUGGCGCGUUUUUAUUUAUUGCAAGCAUGGCCGACAGAAGGACCGAAGAAAUAAUCGGCGAAGCAAUCGGCGUAUUAAGAGGUCUCUUAGGUACUUCUAAUGUAAUAAGUACAAUUUCAACUGCCAUCAACAAUACCAACGCUACGCAGGCAAAUGGGCAAAAUUUGGAAAACGUGAAUGCGGAGAUUAGAAAUGCUUUCAGACCACGUACAGUUAGAACUAGCAAUCCCUUGCCAUCAAUGCCAUCAACGCCAUCAACAUCGACACUGGAAACCCCUAGAUUUGAGGCCAGGCGGUUCAGCACCUGGAAUUCCAGAGGAAAGUCGGUGAAAAGAACAAAGCCGGGAAUACACCGGGCUUUUCAUAAAGAUGUUAUCCUGCUGCCUUCAGCUGAUGACAGCAGUGUCGUGAAACAUGCAAAGAAAUCAGUGCUGCACCAGAGAGGCUACAUACUGAAUGCCUUUGAAUUUGAAAAGGCAUGGGACAGCACAGAGGUGAUGGCCAGGCUUAGGCAGGCAUUUGCAGCUAAGGUGUGCCUUCCUAAUAAUGUCAGCUUACAGAUCCUCAUGCCCUGUGGCAACAAGCUUGUUCCUCCAUCACUGUCUGAGGGCCAAAAGCUGGAUGCAACCCUCAUACAGAAAAUAUUCAAAAGGGCAUCUUUAUACCUGCGGCCUUCCCUUUCACUUGAGUGUUUGAGUGAUGACGGCUCAUAUAGUGAUGACAGUUCCGAGGUAGAGGACGACCUCAUGGAAGACAUUUCUGCCAGCAGCCAGCAGCCAUCCUCGUGCACCACACCACCCCCACAAGCACCACCUCAGCAGCCACCUCAACAGCCACCUCAACAGCCACCUCAGCAGCCACCUCAACAGCCACCUCAACAGCCACCUCAACAGCCACCACAGCAGCCACCACAGCAGCCACCACUGCAGCCACCACUGCAGCCACCAGUGAAUGACCAGGCAGGAUAUCAUCCAGAUAAUUACUAUAGUGCAUAUGUCGACAUCAUUGAAGAUUUGGCGGAGGAGGAAGACGGUGAACUGUUACAUGCUAUAGUCGUUAGCAUGCAAGACCAGACGCUCCCCAAAGAAGAUGUCCCAGUCAGUGACAUUCUGAAGGAAUUGGCAGAGAAAAUCGAUAGCAUUGGAAUUUCAAGAUUCAACAUAAAUCGCUCCAAUGUUCUUGACGGGGCCAUACGGGGUCUUAAAAGGUUGACAUUCAGCCCAUGCAAUACUUUGAAUGUGAGAUUUUCUGACGAUAAGGGGGCGACUGAGGAAGCUAUUGACCUUGGGGGGCCAAGAAGAGAAUUUCUUCGCCUUCUAAUGCAAACCCUGUCAGAGUCCGAGAUGUUUGAGGGACGCGAAGGCCAUCGCAACUUGGCUCUAGAUUUCAGAGCUUUACGUGAGGACAAAUAUUUUUAUGCAGGAACUGCCAUUGCCCUCAGCCUGGUCCAUGGCGGUCCACCGCCAUGUUUUCUGUCAAAGACUCUUUUCACGGGCAUAUCCGAGGGAGCAGACCAGUGCCAGCCAGAGCUGGAAGACGUCACUGAUUCUGAUCUGCGCGACAAACUAACAAAGGUUUCUGAAGCCACGACACUACAUGACCUGCAGCUGUCUGUGGAGCCUAUCAGCGACUACUUGGCCACCGCUGGCUGCUUAAGGCUCUUAACAUCCUUGACCGACAAAUAUCCACUGCUGGAGGACAUCCUGAUGUUCCACGUGGUCCAUCGUGUUCGGGCACCCUUGGAGCGAUUCAAAGACGGGCUGAAAACCCUAGGCGUGUUGCCGAAAAUACAACAGCACCCAGAGGCAUUUCGCCCGCUGCUGUGCUACAACCCUCCCACGCUCACAGCCGACUCUCUGGAUUGUCUCUUCACCAUCAACUGGUCCGAGGAUGGGAGCAACUCCCGGAUUGGCGAGAACAAGACAGUGGCAUUUUGGAGGGACUUCCUUCAGGAUGUAGAAGAAGAGAAGAAAAUGACUUUGGAAUCUAUUCUUACCUUCACUACGGGGUCUAAUGUGGUUCCACCGAUGGGGUUCUCCCCUCAGCCAUCCUUGGAAUUCCUUCAUGGUGGAGGAAAAUAUCCAAUUGCAAACACUUGCAUAAACUGCUUACGGCUGCCCCUUCACUCAGAAUACGAGCCUUUCAAGGAGGCAAUGGAGUUUGCCAUCCAAAACACUUAUGGAUUUGGUAUGGCUUAGGGUGUUUUAGGGAGGAUUGCACUCAGUUUGGUUUCGUUACACAAGUGAAAGGGGAGAGAAUUCCAGUGUGUUAUGGCCCCUCAUAGUUAGGUGUAUAAAUCAUGCAUCACACCCAUGAUCAAGAGCACACACACACACACACACACACACACACAGACACACACACACAUGCACGGAUAUGCACGUACACACACACACAGAUAUGUACACGUACAAACACAGUGACACACACACACACAUACCCACACAGAUAACACACGUACAAACACACACACACACACAUACCCACACAGAUAACACACGUACAAACACACGCACGCACAUAUCCACACUUACACACGCACUCCCUCACAGUCAGUACAGUAUGCAGAGACAGAUGCAUCUCAUGUAAACACACACACAGAUGUUCACACUGUUUU